AUGACCGCCUGGAUCCUCCUCCCGGUCAGCUUAUCAGCAUUCUCCAUCACUGGCCUAUGGACUGUGUAUGCCAUGGCCGUGAUGAACCGCCACGUGUGCCCUGUGGAGAACUGGUCCUACAACGAGUCCUGCUCUCCUGACCCUACUGAGCAAGGGGGUCCCAAAAGCUGCUGCACCCUGGACGAUGUCCCCCUCAUCAGCAAGUGCGGCACAUAUCCCCCAGAGAGUUGCCUCUUCAGCCUCAUUGGCAACGUGGGUGCUUUCAUGGUGGCCCUGCUCUGCCUCCUGCUCUACGGGCAGCUCCUGGAGCAGAGUCGGCAUUCCUGGAUUAACACCACGACACUCAUCACAGGCUGCACCAACGCUGCAGGCCUUGUGGUGGUUGGGAACUUUCAGGUGGAUCAUGCCAAGUCUCUGCACUACGUGGGAGCUGGUGUGGCCUUCCCCGCCGGGUUGCUGUUUGUCUGCCUGCACUGUGUCCUCUCCUACCACGGAGCCGCCGCCCCUCAGGACCUGGCGAUGGCCUACCUGCGGAUUGUGCUGGCAGCCAUCGCCUUUGUCGUCCUGAUCCUCAGCGGCGUCUUCUUCAUCCACGAGAGCUCUCAGCUGCAGCACGGGGCAGCCCUGUGCGAGUGGGUGUUCGUCAUCGACAUCCUCAUUUUCUACGGCACCUUCUGCUAUGAGUUUGGGGCCGUCUCCUCAGAGACACUGGUGGCUGCGUUGCAGCCUGCUGGCCGGGCCUGCAAGUCCUCCGGGAGCAGCAGCACCUCCACUCACCUCAACUGUGCCCCCGAGAGCAUCGCCAUGAUCUGA